AUGACCAUCCCUAGAUCGCUCCAAGGGAGUUUGGUUGUCGAGAAGGAAGAUGGCCUGGAUAAUGAAGCUACCCCCAAUGUCAGUACCAAGAUAAGAUCAAUCGAAAAAGCAUCAGCAGCAUCUGUUGUCCAAUACCAUGGUAACUAUGAUGGUCAUAGCAUUUUCAACGAUAGAAGUAGCGAUGGCUCAGGAUCUGCCAGAGAUAGGGUGUCUUCCCAUCUUCUCAACAAAGCAAGCCCCAUUAUUCUCACAUCUUCCCCUCCAAGGCCUUAUGCACAACAAUAUCCGAGUCCACUCGUACAGACUAAUGUCCACGUAAAUCCGAGGGUUGUCAAGUUCCAGACCAUGACGGAGGCCCUACAAGCUCACAAAGCAAAGCGACGAGGGCAUGAAAAUGAGACACUCCUACAGCAAACACAGGAACAAAAGCAAAUAAAACACCAAAAGCCUCGAGAUCACUAUAGUGGCAAAGGGGUAAACAGGGUCAGUGAUGGGGAGUAUGGUAGCUAUGCGGAUAUAGGGGAAAGUGAUUGUCGACCUCUGCGUUCCAGAACUAAUCGAUCAACAUCCAAGGAUGAGCAAGCACCUAAAGUUUCUACUAUUCCUGUUGCUAUUGCUGCUACUGCACCAGAAGAAGAGACCAAGAACAGGCUCAUUAACAAUAAUUCGCCUGCACACCUAGCAGAAAGCAAGCGAAUUAAUAAUAACUGGAUGGAUCAGUAUCAGGAUUACUGUAUGACUAACGGCUAUGACGGAAACACACAUAAAUCCGCCUCUUUAUAUCCACUUUCAUCCUCAUCCUCCAGCUCCCCUCCUCCGCUCUUUCGUGCCGGCAGUAGUGACAUUGCCAGCCACAAUAGUCAUGGUAGGGAUAUGGCUGACGUGAACGAUGUUCAGGAGGAUCACAAUGAAGGACAGGGUUUCAUAAGCUGGACAGAUCAUUUUAUUGCGCUCCACAGCACCUACAGGGACCGCCUUGCGUUACUCCACUUUCGGCUUUGUGCAGAGGUACAUCAGCUCCUGCUUUUGCAUCGACAUGCGAUACGGCAUCUCCAGACUCAAAUUCUACGCACAGUUGGAGAACUAGAGCCUCUGCUGUCGGACACAAUCCAUAACAAGAUGUUACCAGAAAUGGCUCGAGAUUUAAAAGAUCAACAAAGCUGUUGUCAGGCCGUUGGUAAAGUUAUUCGGCGAGAGUUACGGCAUGGAAUGCUAACAAUUUCUUCAGUAGAGAGUGACUUUACUGGAAUUUAUCUCCCAGAGGAUGAUGGCGGUUUCUUUGAGAAGGAAAAGAGGAAGGAAAAGGAAGAGAAUGAAGAGGAUGUAGAGUGGACACUCUUUGGAUGGUCUGAAUCGCAAAAGCCAUUCGAGAGCUGGCGAGAUGUCUCUAUUGCACGACAGAAGCUACACAACAUUGAAAGUAAAGAGAAACAGCCUCUGGAGAUACAGUCUUAUAAUAAGGACGAUGAAAGUGUGAGGCGGCGGAAAUAUUUCGGUACUGGCGGUAAUACUAGCGAUGCUGACAUUGAUAUUAUUGCUACUGUCGCUAUGGUUCCUGUCAAGGAUCUUCAUGACCAAGAUGGGAAUACCAACGACAGCGCUUUGGUGCUGCGCGAGCACAGCUGUCAUGGUCAUAAUCCCACCCGCAGCUUUAACCACAGUAGUAGGGACGAUUACCACAAAUAUGUUUCUCAAAUAAGUAACAAGUGCAGCAACAGCAAUAGCACUAGUAUUAACAGCCCUCUGCUUCGUCCUUCUUGCAUUUCAAGGCUACAGCCCGAGCCCAUAUCAGCAUCGUCUUUAGUUGAUACCGAAUCGUGCAAAUGCGCCCGAUCAACUGUUUUAUCAACAUCGCUUUUGGAUGUGCAUGUUAACACAUCUACUACUCGACCAAGGACCCGUCGAGGCGGACAAUUUUGGCCUAUUUCAUAUACUCCCAUAGAAUCUCAUCCCCCUGCUGCCACCAAUAUCACCAUUUCUACCACACCUUGCAGACAUAGCAUACAUGGCAAAAAUGACUGUAGUAAGAGCAGCAGAAGGAGCUCUCAAGAAAUACAUUCCACGCGCUCAUGCUCAUAUUCCAUUCGUCAAAAACAUUUAAAAAACCAUAGCAAUCGCAAGAGGCGAAUCGGUCCUUCAGGGAAUGGAGGGGCACUUCGGACGAGGAUGACGGACAGCGUGCGGAACUUUUAUCAAGGUGGAACCCAUUUUCACUAUGCGACUGCUCCUUGUUGUGUUCACUGGCACAGCGUCCACCAUAGCCAUCACCAUAGGAGCUGUAUCAGAACCUCAAGUCCUGGAAAGGAUAGAAGCGCGGAAAGGGAUUACCACCGCCAUCGAUGUGGUCAAUCGUAUCAGGAAGAUCAUAAUGACGAAGAUAGCAGCAGCAGCGAGGUUGACGAAAAAGAUAGGAAUAUGAGCCACGAUCCUUCUACUAGCAUGCAGGGUUGUUGUCUGAGAUACAGCAUCCCGACCCAUGGAGGCGAUAGGUACCUUGAUAAAAAUGAUGAAAGAGUCUAUACAGGCCUGAUGACAAGUAGGUGCAGAGAUGGUAAUCGGGAAGACCCCACCUCAGCGAAGCUUCAAAACGAUGAUAUUUUUUAUUAUAAUAUUGCUGAUACGGACAUGGGCGUUAGUUCUGGUUGUAGAGGCAAUGGUGAUACCCCCCAUAACGGCAAUGGUGAUACCCCCCAUAACGGCAAUGGUGAUACCUCCCAUAACGGCAAAGGUAAAGCCGAGGUUCUGGACAUACCAUCAUCUUCCAAAGCCGGCAAUAACCGAGUCCACAUCUCUCGUAACAAACCUUGUACUCGUCCGUGCCCAGGAACGCGGAUUCAGAUACAGACACAAAGCGUCACACAGAGGCAUAACAAUUUGCCUUCUCGUAGCAGCACUUGCUCGACUUCAUCAUCUCAAGACGUUUCUUCUUUGUCCCUUAUCUCACUACCUUCAAUCACUCAAGACAGUGAUAGUGUUGGAAUUCGAGGCCGAUCUGUUGUAGUGAUUGACUUGGCUGAUUGGGCAAAGGUUUACAAGUCUCAACUGCUACGCGAACGAUGGGAUGUCCAGGAACAAGAGCUGGAGCAGGAAGAAGCACAAGCACAAGUCUUGGCAAACAAAAACACCACAUCGUUAUUAAUGUCAUCCUCAUCAUCUUCUAAAAAGCAAAAUCAAAGCCGACGAGGUAAUCAUAAGAAAGAAACCGACGAAGAUUCGUAUCCUCCAGAUCAAAAAUGGAUUCGUGAGAUGCAUGUACAAGAGUCAACAUUGCUUCUUGAGGGCCAUCGAGAGGAGGCCAAGGCACUUCGAAGAGCACGAAGGGUCAAAAUGGCACUGAAAACAGCCAGUGUCUAUCAUCUAUUGGAUAAUAUCUAUCAAACUCAGUGUCUUCCACAUAACCAUAACCGUCAUUUUUAUCGCAGUUGCGUGGUGGGAUUGCAGAAGAGUUAG